GCUAAUACCCUAGGGAGGUGGUGGCUUCACAGAAGCCAAUCGGAGUCUGUUAGGGGCGGAUCUUGAUGCCGGACCUGAAGUCGAGGGGGCAGGCGAGUUGGUAAACAAGCGUUGCACCUCGUGGUGCCACGGGGCGGGCGUUGCGGCCGAGAGAAGGAGCAGCGUUCGGGGGUCGCCGCUGCGCGAGGCACGUUAAACGAGCGCUGCGGCCUUACGACGUGGCACGUCUGCGGAGACUUUUCAUGCCUGCUGGUCGCGUUUGGCACGAGGGAGCAUAUGGUGUCUUGCAGUCCGCACUCAAGAGCAAGGGUGGGCGAGGCUCGCUUCAAAUAAAUUGACCGUGAUUGCAUGCAUUAGACGUGGUUAGUCAUGGCGGGUGAUGCCAUCAUGGUGAUGAGAGGACUGGCGAAGCUUAGUAAGGCAGUCAUAGAAGCACAAGCAGGACAACUCCGGCAAGUUAUCUUGGGUGGUGAUGCAGUGACCAUAGCCAGGAGCUUUCAGGCUACUGCUGAAGAACAGUUUAGUGCUGCCAUGGGGAAGAUGCAGGAAUUGGGCAAACAGCAGGAGAAUUUGAAAGAUCUUGAUGAGGACUUCGGAAAAGACUACAGCUUCUCAGAAUCAGAGCUGGGGGGGGCUGCAAGGGACUUCUCUCCUCCUCAAGACCAGCCUCAAAAGCAUGGUGGCAUGGAGGGCCCAUCUUAUGCCUAUGCUUCUAGUGGACCUCUUCCAAAUGUUGAGAUGGGUGACUCUAGUUGUAAUCCGAACCCCAUCUCUGCCAAAGGGAAUGCAAAGCUGUUUGGAGGGUUUAGGGACCCUGGAUAUCUUUUCUCUGCUACCUGUGGGCAAAGCAGGGCUUUUCAUCAAGACCAUUCCUCUGUUAGUGGACUAACAGCUGAAGAUAUAGACAAAGCCAGGCAAGCCAAAGCGGAUCCACAGCACAAACCACACAAGCAGAUGCUCAGUGAACGUGCCCGGGAGCGGAAGGUGCCAGUUACUCGAAUUGGGAGACUUGCUAACUUUGGAGGCUUAGCUGUUGGUCUUGGCAUUGGAGCGUUAGCAGAGGUUGCAAAGAAAAGCCUUAGAUCAGAAGAACGCAAUGGGAAGAAGGCUGUUAUGGAUUCCAGCCCCUUUUUGUCAGAGGCCAAUGCAGAAAGAAUUGUGAGGACCCUUUGCAAGGUUCGUGGAGCUGCCCUGAAGUUGGGCCAAAUGUUGAGCAUUCAAGAUGAUGCCUUCAUCAACCCUCACCUGCAGAAGAUUUUUGAGCGUGUCCGCCAGAGUGCAGACUUCAUGCCUUUGAAGCAAAUGAUGAAAACUUUGAACAAUGACCUUGGCCCUAACUGGCGUGAUAAGCUGGAGUUCUUUGAGGAGCGACCCUUUGCUGCAGCCUCAAUAGGACAGGUUCAUCUGGCUCGCUUGAAGAAUGGCACGGAAGUUGCCAUGAAAAUCCAGUAUCCUGGUGUGGCCCAAAGCAUCCACAGUGAUGUCAGCAAUCUGAUGACUGUCCUUAGUAUGAGCAAUGUUCUCCCAGAAGGUCUCUUCCCUGAACAUUUGAUUGAAGUUCUGAGCAGAGAAUUGGCCCUGGAAUGUGACUACAAGAGAGAAGCUGCAUGUGCAAAGAAAUUCAAGGAGCUGCUUAAGGACCACCCAUUCUUCUAUGUCCCUACUGUGGUGGAUGAACUGUGCAGUCAGCACGUCCUGACGACUGAACUGGUGUCUGGGUUUCCACUGGAUCAAGCAGAAGGAUUAAGCCAGGAGAUCCGGAAUGAGAUCUGCGAGAACAUACUGCGUUUGUGCCUGCGAGAGCUUUUUGAGUUCAGAUACAUGCAGACUGAUCCAAACUGGUCCAACUUCUUCUAUGACCCAGAACUGCACAAGGUAGCACUUCUGGAUUUUGGAGCAACCAGAGGUUUUGAUCAGGAAUUCACAGAUAUGUACAUUGAGUUAAUCAAGUCAGCUGCUGACAUGGAUAGAGAGAGAGUGCUGAAGAAGUCAAUCGAAAUGAAAUUCCUGAGUGGUUAUGAAAUAAAGGCCAUGGAAGAUGCCCACUUGAAUGCUGUGCUCAUCUUGGGAGAAGCUUUUGCAUCCAGUGAACCUUUUGACUUUGGCUUGCAGAGCACAACGGAGAAGAUUCAUGGCUUAAUCCCUGUCAUGCUGAAGCACAGGCUGGUGCCUCCGCCAGAAGAGACGUACUCUCUCCACCGGAAAAUGGGUGGUUCCUUUCUCAUAUGCUCCAAAUUGAAAGCCAGAAUUCCAUGCAAGAACAUGUUUCAGGAAGCUUACAGUAAUUAUUGGAGUAGGAGGGCCAGAAAGGAACAGUAACACAGAAUAACUGUCACUUGUCAUCUUGGUUUUUUAAAAAAUGGCCAAUCAUCCACAGUGCAGUUUCUUCUGUCAUACCUUCAGAAUCUUCUUAACAGUACAACAGCCUGCCUUUGGAAUGCAGAAUUCCUGAUUAAGAGACAAUGUUCUUUUAUUGGGGAUAUCUCCUACACUUUAUACUCUUACCAGAUUAUCUGUGCAGCCUCUGCUUUACAGAAAAUUUUAGUUUAUUUAGUGUAGGGACUGUGGGAAAGCAUAGGCAGCUGUGUUUCUCACCCUCAUACAUACCAGCUGUCUUUCUUAUUCUAAUACUGAUAGCUGUUUUUACACAACUGGAUUUUUAAGAAGAGGAGUGGAGGAAAGAACCAACAGUUGCCAAUGAAAUCCAUUUGCAAUUCCCUGAAUGUUUGUGGGGGUUUUCUUUACCUUUUUUCUGCUAAGGUGAAAUACCAGUGGUUUCAUCUUAAAGUGUAGUCUGCCAGCAUUAACUCAAGGAAAAACCCUCUUUUUAUGAUGUUCAGGAGUCUAUAAGUGGAUUCCUUCAGAUGGAGCAGCGUAUGAUGCAUACAUAAGGCUAUUUUAUGUCUUCAGUUUUCAAAGUGGUUGUGAGGAUAGUGAAGAUUUUAAACAGUCUGAUAAGCAAGAGGGAUAGUGGAGUAUUUAGAACACCUGAGGGUGAAAAUCAGUUGCCUGAUUCUCUGUGCUGAAUGUAUAAACAGAGGGAAUGUGAUGGAGAAAUAGUGAAACAAAAACUUGAACUGUGGCAUUUGUAGAAACUCAGCAUUGAAGCUACACUUUUUCUGUACCUGCGUCUUUAUAAUGCAAUUUUUGAUAGGAUGGAGGGAUGUAUCUUUUGGGGUUUUCAUAGCAUCAUUGAAGGUGUUUCAAGAUUUCAUUGAAAAGCAUAAUACAUGUUUAAUAGCUGAAUGCACAACUUUAAGCAGUUGGAGGCAAGCAGGGUUUUUUUUGUACAACAGUAGCAACUGUACAACUUCCAACUGAUUUCCAAUAAAGAAGUGCUUGUGCAGA